AGAGAGAGAGAGGCUUUAUCGUCACUCAGGUAAUAAAUAGUCCAUCCGCCCUACGUGUUGUAGAAUUUGGAGCGAAGGAGCGAAAGACCUUGGAGGGUCUCACCCAAGAACCACACCACAAAUGGGCCCCGUCGCCUAGCGUUUACCCGACCAAGCCUUGCUUUUGGUGUAUUACCAACAUCAGCACUCACCAAAAAUAAAAGGUCUUUCCAUCUUCCACACAGCUGACACUUUGAGGACGGGGAAAAUGGCAGCAAUUCCAUCCAGCGGUUCCCUUGUAGCCACCCAUGAUUACUACCGAAGGCGCAUAGGAUCUACAUCCAGCAACAGUUCCUGUGGCAGUUCGGAGUACACUGGGGAGGUCAUUCCACACCCACCAGGUCUGGCACGACAGGACUCUGGCCACUGGUGGUCCGGUUUCUUCUUUGGGAAGCAGAAUCAAAUGGGGACACUCAAUGAAUUUGAAUCCCUGCAGAAAACUGGCACCUACACAGUGACAAAUGGUCAGGUGACCUGUGUUGCCCGAGAGAUUGUGAUGAAGAGACAAAUGAGUGAGAGCAGUGACUCCGGGAAGGAACCUGGAUCCCCCCUCCCCUCAUAAACCACCCCAACCCAAUUCCACACCUGUCACCUCUCAUCCGGGAGUCACCGUGGGCAGAAGCAGGCGACGGAGGCUCCAUUUUUUAUUUUUUAGUAAAAACUGACUGCUUUUUAUGUCAUGCUAUAUAGUGUUUUUUUUAUUUUAUCUAUGACCAACAUUGUAAAACUAAAAGGCAAAAACUGCUUUCCAUAUGACUUGAGUAUUUUAGUGUAAGUCACUGUAUCACUGGGUGCACUUUGCAAUUAUAUUAUAUUUGCUAUAAAUAAAUUACUAACUGCAGCCAAAA